AUGCGUGAAACUAGGACUUAUGCACUGGGAUGGAGCCAAACGGGUUUACUCGUAAAGACCAUAUCGUUCUUUUCAUCUCGACAAGAUCAUUGUGUGUGGUCGGAGAAUGGAUAUGGUAGCAAUAACUGUACAGAGGCACCUGCAGCUCUAAUCCGAGACACUGCCUCAUACUACGCGUUCGACCAGUCUAUCUUCAUCCAGGAAAUUUUUCCUCGGAUGCUUCGCGUCCCUGAUUCUCAUAUUCCUCAAGCACAUGGAAGUUCGAGCCACGCAUUCAGAAUCAAUGAGCUACCUACAGAUAUUCUCAACGAGAUUUUCCUACGUGUCGUGCGGAUAGCACAGAAGGAUGUGGCGAGUGAGGAAUCUAUGCUGGUGCCACUGCGCCUUUCGCACGUUUGUCGUACAUGGCGCCACGCAGUUAUAUCGUGUGCAUCUCUUUGGGCGUACAUCAACGUUCUUGUGGAUGUUUACCGCAGCACGGAACAAGAUGAAAGGCUCGUAAAAGCUGUCGACACUUGUAUCGAGAUGUCCAAGGCAGCUCCGCUUAGCCUGUCAGUCACUUGCAAUACCAUCCACGUUCCAAAGCCGAAACUAGAAGUCGCGAGGUAUAUUCUUAACAGAUUACUUGGUCAACAGCACCGCUGGAGGGUGGCUAAUUUCGCCUUCAAAGAGAUGGAUCCUAGUAGAUUGCCAGAAAUUGAACUCAUUAACGUGCCAAUGUUGGAGUCACUCCGCAUCUCUUGGAGGACGCUAGGGGCGUCUAAUAUGGCACAACCACAAGUACGUAUUGACGCUUCACGUUCUCCAGGCCUCAGGUGUCUGUACAUCAAAGGCAUCCGUUUGGAAAUCAGUGGUGGACAACUUUAUGGUACAAAAAUCCACUGGGAUCGCGCUCGCUUUCGGCCCAUCGUUUUAUCACUUUCGAAACUGAAAACAUCCAGCUUCGAUGAUCUCCUCGUCGUAAAUGAAUUUUGCACAGGGAAUACAUAUGAAACCCGCAUGCCUCGGAUCUCUCCAGCAGAAGCGAUGCAACGCAUGGCCAAAGAAGGUCGUAUGAAGCUUGCGAAUAUCGCGUGA